UCAAGAAUCAACCAAACAAAACCCCAAUCCAUCAUCUUUCAUUCUCAUCCUCCACAACCAUGGACUCUCUUCUCUGCGACGAACUCCUCCAAGAAAUUCUCCUCCGUCUUCCCAAAUCCUCCUCCUCUUCCAUCUCCCUCGUCUCCAAACGCUGGCUCUCCCUUCUCCGUUCCUCCACCUCCUCUCUCGCCAUCCGCCUCCCCCAUCCUCUUCCUCCAUCUCCCAUCCUCUUCCUCUCCCUCCUCCUCUCCCACUUCCCCUCUCUCUCCUCCCUCACUCUCCUUUCCCAUCCUCUUUCCGACCACCAUCUCUCCUCUCACCAUCUCCUUCUCUCCAUAUCCACCUCCCCUUCCGCCUCUCAUCUCUCCUCUCUCCGUCUCCUUCCCCGGAUCUCCAUCUCCCCUUCCUCUCUCCACCUCCCUUCCUUAUCCCAUCUUACCUCCCUCCAUCUCCCUUCCAUCCGUCCUCUCUCCUUCCAAUGGCUUAUCUUCUUCCCUUCUCUCAAAUCCCUUUCCCUAAUCCAAUCCACUUACGAACGCCCUUCCCCUUACUCCUCCUCCUCCUCCACCACCACCACCACCACCCCUCCUGACGAUUCCCCAAUCUCUCCUCUCCCUCUCGAGUCUCUCUCCCUCACCGGCAUCCACUCCUCCGAUCACGGCCUUUCCUGGCUCUACCGCCGCUGCUCCAAUCUCCGCAAGCUCCUGCUUCGCACCUGCGACGGCACUGGCGACGACCUUUCCUUCUCUUAUUGUCUACCUUCUCUCCACUCCCUCGACCUCCGCACCUGUCGCACCAUCGCCGACCGCGUCCUCCUCCGCGCCGCCGACCACUGCCAUUCCCUCACCUCUCUCACCCUCUAUGACGGCGCCAGCCACCACGCUCUCCACCACUUCCUCACCCGCCGCUCCUCCCACCUCCUCUCCCUAGACCUCCGUCUCCCUCUCGACCUCGACGACGCUCAUCUCCUCGCCUUCCCCCGCUCCCUCUCCACUCUCAGUCUCCAAAGCUGCUGCCUCGUCUCCUCCGACGCUCUCCGCUCCCUCUCCGGCUCCUCCAUCCAAACCCUCGCACUCCUCAACUGCGACGUCGUUGAACGCUCCCCCGGCCUCCUCUCCUUUCUAGCUCAAACCUUGAAUCAAUUGAAAACCAUUGAUUUAUCUCACAACGACACCCUCGCAGAUAAAGAACUGAUCGCCAUGUUGGCGUCUUGCAAAGGCUUGACUGAAAUCAGGCUCAAGGGUUGCAGAAGCUUGACUGAUGCUGUGGUUCCCGCCAUUGUUAAGGCAUCUGGAGCUCGGUUGGAGUUUGUUGAUGUUUCGCGGUGUAGGUUGAUGAGUGUUGAUGCUAUUGAGUCUUUGAUUUCCAAUGCGCGCAGGCUGAAGGGAGUCUGUGUGGAGGCGGACAAGCUUUCAAAGGUUGCUGAGAAGUUGAUGUGGCAAAGAGGGAUUGAACUCUCUUUGGUGAGUUGAGGAAUGGUACUUGUUGUUGAAAGGUGACAAUAUAGUAAGUGAUCUUGGUCUUCAAUUGUUUAUAUAUAAAAAAAUAUUUAUUUUGA